AUGGCCCCAAGCUAUUUUUACCUUCGGCCGGGCGUUUUCAACCUCGUGGGCUUCUCGUACGGCAAGGUGGACGGCACCCUCGCACGCGAAGCGAAGGUGAAGGUCAAGCUGGUGCAGAGUGGGCGCUGGUCGGAGGAGCCCCCGCAAGCUGUCGAGCUUCCCCAGGAAGAGCUGGCCCCAAGAGUCGUGUCAGUCGCAGAAGCCGAGAAUGGUGUCGGUACGUUUGUGGGUGGCGUCAUCUGCACGUCACGGGUCCGCUCCGGAACAGCUCGGGUCUGGGAUUACGGCUUAGUGAUCGGAUACAGCUGGGAACCUGAGCUGCAACAUGGCCUGCUUGAUGUGAACUUUCGUGGUGCUGAGACCUCGUUGAAGUUCGUAUCGGACACUACUCAGGAUGUUGCAGUCGAGAUUUAUGCGUUACAGCCGUGUGCCGGACAAAGCACGAGCUUCGUGAUGGCCCGAGAGAUGAGGCAAAUACACGACAAAGUGUAUAACAAGUUCAAUGGGAUCGACCAACCAGCGAUCAGAGAUGCUACACAGCUGCUGGAGGGGGUCCGGAGUGAUGAACUUGACGAGGCCCAGAUUCUCCCUCUGCUUGAUAUUGGGAAUUUUGCCAUCGCAGAGGUCUCAGUCCAGCACAUACUCGACUACGUCUACUACAAGGACGGUGGGCGGCCGCACCCAUCGGAGGCAAUUUUCGGUGACACCAUCUUUGACAAACCGAUCGCGCAGCAGGAACCAAGAACCCUUGCUGCCACUGAGGUCGUGCUUAGCGAUGGCUUGAGUGACUCUGACGACGAUGCCGCCGACCCUCCUACCGCUCACAGUGGUGUGAGCUCGACUCAGCAACGUGAAACGAAGCGCCGGCGUCUAAACGUACAAGGGCGGACAGCUUUGCCAGACUCAAUUCACUCGGACACAGUAUUACAUGGAGUAGGUGGAAACGGUUUGUGGAGUUCGUUCAAAUUCAUUGGCGAAAGUUUGUUUUUUUCCCUCAUCCUGCUGUCCUGUGUGCGCUAUUUGGUUGGGAUUUCGGUACGAGAGGACUUUCAAUUUUACAUUUCGGCCGCGUGA